AUGGCUUCCCCCCGUUCUCCCAAGAAAAUUGUACUCAAAGGAACUUCGAAAGAGAUAGGACAUCAACAUGGCAGCCUUCUAUCGUCUGAGAUCAAAGAUCAGAUAAAGGUAUAUGAAUCAAUGUUCCAAUCCACGUCCUCAUUAUCAUGGUCCGAAGUCCUGGAAAUCGCACGGGAAUUCCAAACCACAAUCCAGAAACUAGCACCAGAUCUCUAUGAUGAGAUGGUGGGUAUAGCAGAGGGUGCAGACAUUGAUAUCCUGGAUAUCGUGGCGCUCAAUUGUAGGAGUGAGAUUGCGUUGGGUAGGUUUACGGAUGGAUGCACGAGUUUGGGAUGGAGGAUGCAGGGAAAUGAAGUGGAGGGAAAGAUUGUGUUGGCGCAGAACUGGGACUGGACGGAGAAAGUUCAGGGAAAUUUGGCCAUGGUGGAGAUAGAAAGAACUGGAAAAGAGAAGAUCUGGAUGGUUACUGAGGCGGGCAUCGUAGGUAAGAUUGGCUUCAACUCUGCUGGCGUCGGCGUAUGUCUCAACGCUAUCAGGGCCCAUCCAACCGAUACCUCCAAGCUUCCAAUUCACAUUGCACUGCGUAUUUGUCUAGAAAGUAGCAGCGUGGAAAAUGCUAUAGCUUCAAUUGAGGAGCUAGGUGGUGUGGCCUCAAGUCAGCACGUCUUGAUAGCCGACUCGAGUAAAGUGUUGAGUAUGGAACUUUCGCCUCUGGGAAACUGCUUUUUGGAGGUUUGUGAUGAUGGUUUUGUGGCUCACACAAACCAUUUUAUCAAGAAUAAAUUGGUAGUGGAACCACUUUGGCUUGUAGGAAGUUCGAUAAGGCUUGAUAGGAUCAAUAUCUUGGCUAGCGAAUUGGUUGGCGAUUUGAAAAUGGGACUGGAAAUGAAAGAUGGAGUUGGAAAAAUGCUGAGAAGAAGAAUAUUUUCGGACACGUUCAAUACUCCGCAAGCUAUUUGUUGCCCUGGAGAUCCUGAUCGACCAUGGCAAACUAGGAGUGUUACGCUGUUCAAUAUCACAAUGGUAUUGGAUGCUGAAAAUUCGUCUGCUGAAGUUGUUUUUGGGAAGCCCGGAAUGACAGAGGGAGAUGUGCUGAGAAUGCCAUGGAUUUGA